CUCCCGGCAGUGCCAAUGGAUCAGCCCGGCCAGCCAGAGGCAGCAUCUCUGCACCCGGCAAUGGCGCAGGUGCAGUCGGCAAAGCCGCCCGUGCAGCCAUGGGAGUACAGCCUGCGGAAGUACCUCCUGCUGCUGGCCACCCUGGUGGUGACCGUCACUUACACCGAGGGGUUCAACCCGCCCGGAGGUGUCUGGCAGGCCGCCCACGAUGGCCAACCUGCCGGCGACCCCAUCAUCCGCUACACCCACUACCACCGCUACCUCGCCUUCCUCUACUGCAACGCCGCCGCCUUCGCAGCGUCGCUCGUGGUCAUCGUCCUCAUCCUCAUCCUCGCCAUCCGGCACGACAAGAAGGGGAAGGACAGCCAAUGGGUUGUCGUGCCCCUCCGGCUAGUCAUGGUGCUGGACCUGCUCAGCCUCAUGGGCGCGUACGGCGCCGGUACCUGCCGCGACAAGAUUUCAAUCUUCUACUUCGCGGUACUUGUGGCCAUCGUCUUCCUCUACAUCCUCGUUCUCAAGUUGAUGGACUGCUGGGACAAGAACUCCGAUUCUAGUGCCGGCAUGAUUCCUGCCCUCGUCGCCAGCUCCGUAGACGGGAUGCCCGUCAACAUGGGCUCCGACUCCGGUGCCACGACUCCCAUUCCCAAUCCUGACUCCGGCACGAGUCCCGGCCCUGUCGCCAGCUGGGAUGGCGGGAUGCCCGUCUCCAACGACAACACCGGCUCCGACGACAUCAUGCCUGCUCCCAAUCCUGACUCUAGCACUGACACGAUUCCGGCCCCCAUCCUCGGCUCUGACCCGGCCACUGUCGACGAACGGUUCCGCGACCGCAAGGCCCUGAAGAAGCUGAAAGCCGAAGAACGGCUCCGCAAGGUCCUGAUGCUUCUGGCUACAUUCGCGGUGAGCAUCACGUACGUCGCCGGGCUGAGCACGCCGGGCGGCUUCUGGGACAGCACCGGGGGCAGCCACCACCCAGGCGACGCCAUCCUCAAGGACCAGCACAGCCCACGCCUGACGGUGUUCUUGCUCUGCAACACCACGGCGUUCGUGGCAUCCCUGCUGAUUACCAUGCUGCUCAUCAUCGACGGCAAGAAGCUCCGCAAGAAGAAGACGACUCGGUCCCGCAUGCUCUGUGGGUGCAUUGUGGUCGCCCUGGUCGGCCUCGUCGGCGCAUACAUCGCCGGCAGCUGCAGGGAGAUCGAUACCACCGCCUACGUGGCCAGCUUGGUCGGCGCCGUUCUGGCAAUAGCACACAUCAUCCUACUCUAUGGUAUCUACACUUCAACGCAACAGACUGAAGAAAUUCAGCAGACUGAUGAUAAUGUCAGUACAAUACAGUGCAGUGGCAAGGAGGUUCUGGACAAGGCUCGCUCUCUUGUUCUACUGCUUGCCACUCUUGCCGCCGCCAUCACCUACACAGCGGGGUUGAAGCCACCGGGAGGGCUUUGGCAGGACAACACCGAGGGGAACAUGGCCGGUGACCCCAUCCUUCUCACAACCAAUGCUAGCCGAUACAAGGCCUUCUUCUACUGCAACUCGGUUGCCUUUGUGGCCUCCUUGGUGGCCAUUGUCCUAGUCCAGAUGGAAAUUCUGGUCAAGCACCACGUGCUGGAGGCAGCCAUGAUACUCGACCUGUUUGGCCUCAUCGGUGCAUAUGCCGCGGGGAGCUGCCGGGACGCGAACAACUCCAUUUACGUCAUGGCUUUGGCAGGCCUCGUCCUGGUCUAUGUGGUGAUCCAUGUUAUCUUCUUCACGCUGGACCACGAGGACAAACACCAUGGCGACCAGGCAAAUCAGUUGCUGGAGAAGAGGCGCAAACGGCUGCUCCUCUUCGCGAUCUUGGCUGCGACCAUUACCUACCAAGCCGGCCUCACCCCUCCUGGUGGCUUCCUGCUCCAGGAUGACAAGCUCGGGCACCAGGCUGGCGACCCGGUCCUCUUGUACAACUUCCCACGUCGCUACAAGGCAUUCUUCUACUGCAACUCGGUGAGCUUCAUGCUUUCCAUCUCCCUCAUCCUCCUCCUGGUGAACCCCAAUCUAUACAGGCCAGCCAUACGAAGCAAUGCGCUAUCUGUUUGUACGGCGGUGGGCUUGUUUUGUUUGAUGGUGGCCUACGCCGCUGGAAGCACCCAACACCUCAAGACAUCCAUCUACAUCUUUGUGUUGGUCGGUGCGGUCCUCUUCGUUGCAGCUGGACUGCUGCUAGUAUUUGCGCUGAGGGAGCAAAACAAUAGUGACAAUUCAGCAGUUGCCGCGCCAUCCAUAUCCCAUGAACAGGAGGAGGAAGAAGAAGAAAGAAACAAGGAGGAAGAAAGGAAGAAGCACGCGAGGCGCAAGUACCUGAUGCUGCUAGGAAUCUUGGUGGCAAGCGUUGCCUACCAGGCCGGCCUGGAACCGCCCGGCGGAGCAUGGCAGAGCAGUGGCAAUGGAUAUGAGGCGGGCGAUCCGGUGAUGCAUGAUAUCAGGAGGCCUCGGUACCUCGUCUUCUUCUACAGCAACUCCUUUUCCUUCGUGGCUUCCAUUGUUGUCAUCAUGAUGUUACUGCCGCACUGGCUGCCAAACGAGAAGAAAGAAGAAUGGGAGAAAUGGUCGUUGAGGGUGAUGAACUGGACGAUCCUGCUGGAUUUGGUCACUCUCCUAGUGGCAUAUGCAGCCGGCUCCAGCAGGGGGUGGAAGACGUCUGUGUAUGUCGGCACGCUCAUACUUGCCGUUCUGGGCUACUUUGCAAUCCAUAUGACGCUGUCAAUAUGGUCUGAUCGCUGCCAUCGCCAUCGUCUUCGCCGUGAGAGGCUUGAGGGCAGCCAAGAAAAUCGUCGAGUGUGAUUCGCUAUUGGUGCGCUCAGUGGUAUGCUCUAGCUAGCUGUCCCCGUUUCUAGAUUCCUAGUCUAGUUGAUGUAGUUGGAUAAACCUGCUUCCCAGUUGGAACAUGCCUACAUUGUUUGUCCACUCACUAGGCAGGUGCGUGUAUCUUAAUCAACUGAUGAUGCAAGGUAGGUGAUGCUUUUUAUUUUUUUGGAAGAUCCGGUGAUGCUUCCUGAUCCUAUCUUAUCUCAUAAGAACUUGAAUGAGAAGUGCACAUUUAGGAAACUGAAGCAUUUGUACUACUGAAACAUACUAUGUCAUUAGGUACAGCCUGAAGUAGUGUCCAAUCCUAAAAAAUGAUAAUCACUGACCGAGAGGGAACAUACCCUGAAG